AGGAGUCUGAACAUGGGUAAGCAGUGGCUAGGUUAUAAGAAUCUAAGCCGAGACAGAUCUUUUCUGCUUACCCUCCAUGCUGUUGCUGGGCUGUGCUUUUUAGGGCGGCCAGGUGUUGCAGAGGAUAGAGAGUUGGGCCUGGAGGCAGGAAGACGUGAGUUCAACUACCACUUCAGACACUUACUGUGUGGCUCUGGCCAUGAAUUGGACCAUGAAGUGGAAUUACCAGCCAGCUUCCUACAACAGCCUUACUCUAUGUUUAUACCUCAUGCUCCUCAUCCUUGAGUUUUCUGGUAUUCCUAGCUCAGGCACAUUCACAGUAUCUGGCCCUCUGUUCCAGCCCAUCCGGGCCUGGGUGGGGGAAGAUGUCCAGCUCUCCUGUUACCUCUCCCCUAAGAUGGAUGCUCGGGGAAUGAUUGUGAAGUGGGUCAGAGGUCCACUGGUUGUGCACUUGUACCGCAUGGGCCAGGAGAUGGAGGAAGUCCAGGCCCCUGCAUUCCAAGGGAGGACAAAGAUGCUGAGACAGGACAUGGCUGAGGGGAAGGUGACCGUGAGCAUCCAUCAGGUUCAGUUCUCUGACACUGGCCAGUACACGUGUUAUUUCCAGACAGGCUCCUUUUACAACGAAACCAGCUUUGACCUUCAGGUAUCAGAACGCCAGGAAGGAGCAUUCUCAGUGACUGGACCUGCUCAGCUCGUUCAGGCCAAGCAGGGAGAAGACGUCACACUCUCCUGUGAACUGUCCCCUAAGAUGGAUGCUCGGGACAUGACUGUGAACUGGUUCAGAAACCAGACCCUUGUGCACAGGUACCCCAUUAGGGAGAAGCUGGAGGCAUCCCAGGGCACUGAGUUCAAGGGGAGGACAAAGCUGCUGAAACGUGACAUGGCUAAGGGGAAGGUGACCUUGAGGAUCCAGCAGGUCCAGGUCUCUGACUCUGGUCUAUACACUUGCUGUGUCCAGUCACCUGACAAUUAUGAUGAAGCCCACAUUGAGCUGCAGGUAGCAGAGAAUCUCCACAGAUCUCAGAAGACACUUACUGUGAUUGUUGCUGUAUUCUUGGUGAUCUUCCUUGGUUCUCUCUUUGUGAUUUAUUUCUUCUGUAAAAGAAAACUACAGAGAACCAGAGCAGAGGUUUUUCAAAAAGACCAAUUCCAGGAGGAGGACAGAGAAGCAGAAAGAACAGCAGGGACCUCCCUGCUUUCCCUGAGGACCUCCAGCUUCCCCAAGGACCUCCAGCUUCCCCAAGGACUGCCAACCAGACAAUCUAUCUCUCUUUACUGAUACAGAAAGGGGAAGGUAGGGCAGCAUGACCACAGAACAGCACCUAUAAAACCCCCUUCUUUUGUGCCCUCUUUUGCUCCCUGGGAAUUCCAGCAAUGGUGGAAGGGUAGUCUUGCUCUUCUUCAUGCCCCCGCCUCCAGCAUCAAAGACAGUGGAUUGUAGCUUAUAGAUGCCUUGGCCUGAGAACCAGAGAGAACCUGAAAUCUCUGGCCACUUCUGCCAUUCCAUUUCCCUCUUGAGCACAUUGUUGACUAAUCCUCUGCAGAAGUGAGCAUUUUACUCCCUUGGUACAAUCGUGGAGGGUAGAGACUUCAGAAUUUUGGAUUUGGUUAAGAGCUGCCAAGAGUGAGGUGUCGGCAGAAGCACCCUGCUCCCAAGUAGGAUGGCCACCUCCAAACUGAAGGACUACAGAGGGCCAUGCCAGGCUAGCCAGGAGACCUGGACCCAUCUACAAAGCCUCUCAGUAUAGACCCAAAAUUCAUCUGAAAUACCUGUUCAGAAGCUGUGUGACCUAGGACAAGUCCCUGUCUCUCUCUUAUUCCCUUGCUUCAUCUCUCAGUCUGUGAGAAUAACCUGUGUGCCUCCCUCUCAGGUAGUCGGGAGGCUCACAAGACAAGCAUGGCUGUGAAGGUGCUCUGUUAGCUGCCAGGUCUUAGAGAGACAUCAGGGGCUAUUGUUUUGUUCCUUGCCCAUGAAGGUCUGCCUAGUACCAGCAGGGGGCGAUUUGGCAAAGCUCCUAAUAUUAGGAUUCCUUGUAAUGGAACACUACUGUGCUGUAAGAAAUGACAAGCAGGAGGACUUCAGAAAAACCUGGAAAGACUUGUCUGGACUGAUGCUGAGUGAAGUGAGCAGAACCAGGAGAAUGUUGUACACAGAUACAGUCACAUUAUGCGGUGGCUAACUUUCAUAGAUUUGGCCCUUCUCAGCAAUGCAAGGAUCUAAGACAUCUCCAAAGGACUCAUGAUGGAAAAUGCUAUCAACAUCCAGAGAA